CGGUACGAGCCAACCAAAAGAGUGAUGCCCAUUUAUGUAGAGUCCGUACCAACACUCCCAUUAAAAUUCAAACUUGAAGAAAAUUUAUUUACACUAUUAGUGUGCCAACUCUUAGCUGUGCUCUUGAAUGGCUUCUCUUCAAUGGAUUUUGGUUCUCUUCUUAGCCAUUAUUAGGGUUGAAGCGAUAGGGGUGAACUGGGGCACAUCAGCCUCACAUCCAUUGCCACCAUCUAAAGUAGUGGAGCUGUUGAAAGCCAACAAUAUCAACAAAGUGAAGUUAUUUGACACUAACUCAGAAAUCCUGGAGGCUCUAUCAGGUUCAAACAUUGAUGUGACAGUAGGCAUUCCAAACACCAUGCUUCGUAGUUUGAAUUCUUCCUUGAAGUCUGCUCACAGUUGGGUCCAUAAUAAUCUCACCCGCUACUUUUCUAAUGGAGCCCGAAUACAGUACAUUGCCAUUGGAGAUGAACCAUUCAAUCAAAUUCAUGGUGAGCAGUUCCUUCCUUUUGUUGUUGGAGCAGCUGAGAAUAUCGAAGCUGCAUUGACCAAAGCUAAGCUGGCUGGGAGGGUGAAACUAGUUGUUCCAUGCAGUUUUGAUGCCUUCCAGUCAGAAUCUGGCUCACCGUCAAAGGGACAUUUCAGAGCAGAUGUAAAUAGAACAAUGGCUGAACUCCUCAGAUUUCUUAGCAAACACCAGUCUCCUUUCUUUGUUAAUAUUUCACCCUUCUUCAGUUAUCGUAAUAACAAGAACAUUUCCCUCGACUUUGCUCUCUUCAAAGAAACUGCACGCCCUCAUAAAGACAAUCGCAGAACCUACAAGAACAGCUUUGACUUGAGUUAUGAUACCCUUAUUUCAGCUUUAUCCUCUGUUGGCUUUGAUAAGAUGGAUAUAGUCAUUGGGCAGAUUGGUUGGCCAACAGAUGGAGCUGCCGAUGCUACCUCAUUCAAUGCUCAGGUUUUCAUGAAAGGCCUCGUGGACCAUCUUCAUAGCAGAGCAGGAACACCUUUAAGGCCUAAAGAACCACCAACAGAGACCUUUAUCUAUAGCCUUUUUGAUGAAGAUCAAAGAAACUUAACCUCUGGAAAUUUUGAAAGACACUGGGGUCUGUUUACAUUUGAUGGCCAGGCCAAAUACCAACUUGAUUUGGGGCAAGGCUUAAGAAAUCUACGAAAUGCCCAAAAUGUCCACUACCUUUCUUCCAAAUGGUGUGUUGUGAAUAACAAUCAAAACUUGUCCAACGCAACUGCACGGGCUUUGGAGGCGUGUUCUUCUGCUGAUUGCAGUGUACUGUCACCUGGAGGUUCUUGUUUUAACCUCAGUUGGCCUGGGAAUAUUUCUUAUGCGUUUAAUAGCUACUAUCAACAACAUGAUCAAAGGGCGGAUAGUUGUGAUUUUGGUGGCUUGGGCUUGAUUACCACCGUUAAUCCCUCAGUGGGUACUUGCAGAUUUAUUGUUCAACUAGGCACAUCCAAUUCAGCUCUCCAUCAGAAAUUCACUAUGAUCACCAUAGCAACCAUUUUGUUAUGGCUAGUUGGUGGAGGACUUUGAUGGACUUGGCCACUGGUUAAAGUCUUUUUUCAUGGCAAAGGGAAUCACUGUUAAUCUCAUUCAAAACAGCGUGUUUAUCCUGUAUCUAUCACUUUUUUUUUUUUUUUUUGGACUUGUUCAAUUCAGUCUCAAUUUCAUGUAAAGGUCGUUUAAAUGAGGCUUACUUGAAAAUUUGUAGAAUUAUGUCUGGAUAUUAUCAUGCUGGAUGAGGUUUCUGCUUUAAUUUGAUUCUUGAUUCUCAAUGGUGUAUACCAUUCUGCCAACUUUUUCUUUGUUCA